AUGGAAGAACUUGUUUACCAACAACCGAAGAUAGAAGAUGUGUAUCCUCCUAAGGUUGAGGGUCAUUUUCUUGACACCCAGUCCCAGGAGCAGCCAUCGACUGCACCGGAAGACUACGUGGAGCCUAAGCAAGAACUAGCGUACCCACCACCGAGACCAGAAGACCACAUGAUACCGAGACCAGGCCCAAUGCCCAAUCGUCCCCCGACCAAGUUUAUCAGCGUCACUAGUUCCGCACUAACCGAGGAACAGCGAGCAAUGUAUGAAUCUGUUCUCUCUACGUGGAAACCAGUGAUGUUCCCAAAGACUACCAAACGCUACAUAUGCCAGAAAUGCAACAAGGAAUUCAAGAAUUCCCAAAACCUUUACCUCCACACGACCAGAGUACAUUCUUCCGAAGAAUCAGCUGUUAUGUGUGAUAUAUGUGAUAAAACCUUCAAGAAUAAGCACUACCUAUAUAUGCAUCGAAUGAAUAAACAUUAUUCCGAAUCAGAGAAAUGCUAUUGCCAAUUUUGCCUGCAAGAGUUUAGGACAAGGCGAGCGCUACAUAUGCACGUUAAGCGCAUACAUCCGAACACAUUGCCUGAAAUUAAAUGUCCGGAGUGUGGGAAAGAAUUCCCUGUACCAUACAAGUUAAGGCACCACAUGGAAAAUUGCCACAGACCUGCCGAUGACAAAUACAAGUGCCACAUUUGUCAAAAGUUGUACAAAAGUCGCUUAAAUUUGAACAAGCACCUCUAUUCCCAACACUCACAAGUCGAGAGACAUCCAUGUGUGUUUUGUCCCAUGACAUUCAAGUCGAGACAUCAUAUGAAACGCCACAUUCUGAACAUUCAUCCUCCGCUGGAAUCGAAAGUGACUUGUCCGGAAUGCUUGAAGGAAUUCAAGAAUGAUCAGUACUUAAAAGAGCAUAUGCAAGUGCACACGGCCUUCGAUAAAAAGGUUAAAUGUGAAUUAUGCGAAAAAUUCUUCAACUCGGCGCUGCGUUUAAAGAAACACAAGAAAAUCGUGCACCCGGACAAGCCUAAAUUACGUUGCGAGAAGUGUGACAAGGAGUUCGCACAUCCGCACUACUUGAGUCGUCACAACAACUCCGUGCACGUAGAAGUCGAUGAGAGCAACCAGCACGAAUGUGACCAAUGUGGAAAGAAAUUUAAAAUCAAGAAAUAUUUAAACAAUCAUUUGCAGAGACACGAACAGCAACACCUGAAGCGUAUAUCACAAAUGGUGAAGACGGUGAUGGAUGAAGGCGAAGGCCCGCCCAAGACAGUCAGGAAAAAAGGAAGACCCCGAGCUGCACGGAAGGAAAUCGAAUUCAUAAAAUGCGAACCAGUGUCUAGUUCCGAAUCAGACUCUGGUGACAUGACUUCUGAUUCCGAAUAAUAUUCUCUUAUUACCAAUUUGCAAAUAAUUUAGCUUAAUAAAUAAAUAAAAUAAAUCGCUACAGAA